AUAUAAUGAAGAAGAUGAAUGCCAAUUGCUAAGCUGAUUAUCACUCACUGGCGGCGACUAUUUUGUGAAGAUGAGUAGUGAACCUUCUGUCUGGCGUUUUGUUAAAUUUAUUUUUCUCCUCGACUACUUCCUCAUUUGGCUGCUUAGUUCCCAACUAAUCGAGUUACAGAUUGUCGCUGAAGGCCAAGAAGCACUCUUGCCUCCUAAGGAAGUGUCAGCUUUGAACGUGAUAGCGGACAAGUUGGAGUUAAAAUCAGUGCCAUAUUUCACGGCUCAAUUUUGCAACCAGAGUGCCUCUCUCUACGAUGUGGGCAUAUACUGUGACUGCUCCUACAAAAACGCCACCCGUUGUCACAUAGAUGGCAUUUCACUGGGCAAUAGAGGUUUAACUGGGACAAUACCUGAGGAAUUGGCCAAUCUUGCGCAUCUAACAACUCUCACUCUUGAUAACAAUGAACUUCAUGGUGAAAUACCUGCUGAGUUGGGAAAUUUGCAGUUUCUCUACGAAAUGGAUCUCUCAAAUAACCGAUUGUCCGGGAAAGUUCCAUCUACUCUUGGGAAUUUGAAUGUUCAAGUUUGGAAAAGAUCAGAAAAAAAGGGCACCAUUAUUGCUGCGGAACUCACUGCUGCGGAACACAUUUCUUCCCCCAUAAAGGUACCACCUGGCGGCAACAUCGUCAUAAAAGAUGUCUUUGGCUUGGACUGCGAUCUACGUGUUACUUUUGACUUGGAUCUCUCAAUGAACCAACUGGUUGGACCCAUACCAGAAUCCCUUGGAAACAUAAAAGUGGAUGAAAGCUUGGGCAAUUUAUCUCCUCACUGCUUGUCCUUUUCCAUUUCUUUAUCGCACAAUCGAUUGAGUGGGGAAAUACCAGCAAGUCUCGGGAAAUUGAAGUUCCUUGUAUCCCUCGAGUUGCAAAACAACUUGUUGACUGGGCCUAUACCACCAUCUUUGGGUAACAUUUCGUAUCUGCAAAAUCUGGAUUUGGGUGAGAAUAACCUCGAUGGUACUCUUCCAGAGACACUUGGAGAUUUGGAUUCACUAUCGUACCUCAUGUUGCAAUCCAAUUAUUUCACCGGUGAUUUGCCACAGAGUUAUGGCAAACUUGGACUCUAUUUAUUUUCAAUAUCUGGAAAUUUUUUGUCGGGUUCUUUCCCUAACUUCAUUACUAAUUGGACUUAUAUCAGCACUCUUUCGCUCUAUGGAAACAGUUUUUCUGGCAGUAUAUCUCCAGAAAUAUUUAACUUGUCCAAACUUCAAGAUCUGAUGAUAAGUGAUGUAUGGAACUCUUCUUUCCAAUUCCCAUCGAAUUCAAUGCUCUCCCGAAUAACUAAUCUGGUAAUGAGAAACUGCUCGAUCACGGAUGCAAUUCCUAGAUACCUUUUUAAUGUGUCAUCGUUAAAAUUUUUAGACCUGAGCUUCAACAGCUUAACUGGUGGAAUCCCAGAUUUUAAUAUAAGAGACCUGAGCUUCAACAGAAUAAAGUAUAUGUCUUUUGCAAAUAAUACGCUUGAUGGGACAAUCCCAGCUUGGAUUGGUACAGCUGAAGGGACUAAGAUAGAUCUUUCCAACAACAACUUUUCAAAGUUAGGCUUCAAAUUACAGGAGAAAAGUAAUUUGAACUUGUUUCAAUGCUGCAACGAAUCAAUUGCCCCAUCCAUGACUUCUUUCAAGCAAAUUAUAGAGAAAAGGUGUCCUGGAGAAAAACAUAUGAACCAUUCAUUGUUCAUAAAUUGUGGCGGUGAGGAAACAAAUAUUGGUGGGAAUCACUAUGAUAGUGAUAAUAAAACAUCACAGUUUUAUGUAAGCCAAAAAGGAAAUUGGGCUUAUAGCAAUUCUGGAGGCUUUUUAUCAACAUCUCGGACUCUGAAUUCCAGUGAAUAUAUUAAAAGAGUGAAAUGUGGAAUUUCAGUAGCUGACGCACCUCUUUAUGAAAAGGCUCGCCUCUCUCCUGCCUCUCUGAAGUACUAUGGAUUUUGUUUGCGUGAAGGCAGUUACAAUGUCACACUUCAUUUUGCUGAAAUUGUUUAUGCUGAAGAUGAAGACCAUAGCAGUUCAAUGAAACGGAUUUUCGAUGUCUAUAUUCAGGGUGAGAGGAAACAAACAGAUUUCAACAUCAAAGACAGGGCAAGAGGUCCAAAUAGAAACAUAGCAAUAACAAAUCUCACAGCAAAAGUUACUAAUGUUAGUAUAUUGGAAAUCCACUUGUACUGGACUGGAAAAGGUUCCCCCGCAGAUUCAACUCAUUUCAAUGGGCCACUCAUAUCGGCUAUCGCUGUAACUCCUGAGUUCCCAAUUGAAGAUGAUAAGGGACUAUCUCCUGCACAUAUUUCACUGAUUACAGUGGCCUCAAUGGCAUUUGCCGCGCUGCUUUUGUUGUCUUUGGCUUGGGCAAUGGGCUGCUUUGGAAAAGAAGAUCUUCAUGAAAUAAAUGUAGGCUUAGAGAAGCCCGUCACCCUCAAACAAUUAAAAGAUGCCACUCGAAAAUUCGGCAAAGAAAUGGAGAUUGGUCAUGGGAGUUUUGGGACAGUUUAUAGGGCUGAACUGCAGCCAAAAUAUAAUAUAGCCGUGAAGAGGUUUUUUACUAAUUCGACCGAAGGAAUCAACAAAUUGAAAAGUGAAUUUUAUAAUACCUUGCAGAAAUUGACACAUGAGAACCUGAUUCGACUGUUUGAUGUCUAUGUUGGAAAGGGCAUGUAUUUGCUCAUAUACGAAUAUAUGGAAAACAGAUCCCUUCAACAUGUCUUGUUUGGUGAUUCAAAUGGCAAGAUCACACUUGAGUGGAAAGAUAGAUAUAAAAUAUGCUUGGGAAUUGCGAAUGGUUUGAAGUACCUACAUGAUGAGCUUCCUAAGGGACCUAGAUUGAAGAUGGUUCAUAGGGGUAUUAAACCUUCUAAUAUCCUUCUUGAUGGUAAUCUAAACGCCAAAAUAUCAGAUUUUGGAAAUUCAGUCCUUUAUGCAGAAGAUUACCAAGAGAAUCAAUUUAAGCUCAUGAAAGAAGAAGCAUCACACGGGUAUAUGGCGCCUGAGUACCUAAUGUUUGGAGCCAUAUCAUGCAAAUAUGAUGUUUAUGGUUAUGGGGUGGUUAUACUGGAGAUUGUUUGUGGGAGGAGAAAUGCAGGACAAAAAUUAAACCAGGAGCAGCUUGACUUUCUUGUAGAGGAGGUUGUUCUUGCAGAAUCAGAAGGAAGGCUCCACGAGAUGGUGGAUAAAAAUUUGUCAUCGUAUGAUCAAACAGAAGCCAUGACAAUUUUAAAGUUGGCAGUGAAAUGCACCAAUAUAUCCGCCAGUUUCAGGCCCACAAUGUCUGAAGUUGUGAGUGUUUUGAAAGGUGAUAAAACCAUUGACGACAUUUGGAAGCCUGCCUCCACCCAGAUUCUUUGCCAAAACUGUUUCAAAUCUCUACAUGAAGAUGAUGGUGCUGGAGACCAACUGCAAGCUUAGCUUCUCUGGUGAUUAAUGUGCAAUGAAAGUGUCUGUUGCAUGUGUCGCUGUUAUAUAUUUCAUGUAAGGAAUUGUAAAAUUCACUACCACUACUGAUGAUGUGUGAAACUGCAGAGUGUCAAAAAAUAGAGAAUGUGUUUGUGAAAGUUUAAGAAGAUAUAUAGGAAGUGUGAGCAAAUUAAGCAAGAGAGCCCGGAGCUGAAGUAAUUAGAGACAGAAAGUGAAGUGAGGUCCAUUCAGCGCCCUUGCUUGUAUUCUAAAUGUAUGCUAGCAAGUAAAAUGUUGUUUAUUGUGCUAUUGUAAAAUUAUAUGAAUCAACUAGCUAACGAGUUGAAUUAGAAUCUGUCUCAUUGAAAUGUACAAUUACCCCAUAUGGCAUGCUUUCUUGAUCGCUUA